AAAACAUGUAAGUUUCAAGUUCGCCCCUGUCCGCAUUGGCCAUUGCCAUGCCACUGGACCGUGAGCUCUCGCAGCGGCUGGAGAGGAGGCGGGGCCGAGCAGAUGCAGAUGCAACAUCUCCUGCUGAACCCGCUGUGGACCGGGAACGCUACGAGGCGCACAUCGAUCAAGAGUUGAAGUCCAAGUUACGGCAGCAGUCGGAGCUGAUCAUGCGUCAGACCAACUCGGGGAUGAGCGACUCGUGCAAGAGACCGACUCGCUACGAGGCGCACAUCGACCAGGAGUUGGCGAAGAAGUUGCAGAAACGUCAGACGGAGCUGCAGCUUGAGGGUGAAGGCAGACCUCGGUCUACCAAGGUAGAGGGCCUCCGUGGUAAUUCCACGUUUGAAGCCCACAUUGACAACGAGCUCGCAGCCAAGCUGCGGAAACGGCUGGAGGUGGAAAUGGCUCCCCAAACGGCCGCUCCUGCGGCUAGGCUCGAGAAAGACGAGGUGCGACAAAACCCAGGAGAUGGAGACGGAGACCUGGAUGGAGAAUUGGCGCAAAGGUUACGCCAGCGCAGACAAGUUGUGAACGCACAGGGGGACGUUUUCGAGAAGGGUGCGCAGCAACAGGCGAGGCCGCAGAUGGCUGAGGUCCUGGACCAGAUACAGAGCAUACCUGAGACCAAGCAAAAGCGCCGAGACGUGACUGAAGAAGGGUAAGUUCUUUGCCAAUGUUGGAGAAGAUUCAGACGACUCAUAUGUACUUUCCAUUUUUGUCAAUAGGACCCCUAAGACACAGGAAUUUGUGCUUCUUCAAGUUUGCCUCUUUCCCAUGUGGCUAUAUUAUUCAUCAAAACAAUUGUUUUCUUUUUUGUGGCUGCAACGAACAGGUGAAUUUGCUGACAAUGUCAGUCAUGGUCAGGUUAUGUCCAGACUGCAAUAUUGAAAGAGUCAUGUAGAGUACUCAAGCUUGGUUUUGAUGAAGAUUGGACAUCGUCACAUAGUCCAACCUUAAGUCGUUUUGGGAGUCGUUUUGCUUGUUUUGUUCGGUGGAUGCUUCGGUGCUUGAAGGAUUUUGGUGGCUAUUUUGCUGCUCAUUGGUGGUGACUGCUUAUGGAGCUUACCAGCUGCAGCCUGUCGAGUGAAGGUGUGUGAGAGCGUCACUCGAAACGUUGGACCCUGAGCCAUGCGCUUGAGAUUCUGCCGCGGCAAAUUCGUGCACUCCUUUGCCUGAAGCUUUAAGUGGGCAAAGGCAGAAUUUGAUGAAUUGCAAGAGACCGAUAUCUGGCAUCAAAAGCCAAAAGUUCGCCAAGAGCCUGACGUGCGGCGGAUUCAAUGAGCGACGCUGCAGCGAGACUCGCAAACCUAAGAGCUACAUGAACGAGUUGUAGAUGACACUCACACCGUCAAUCUAGGCAUGUAUGAAACUCAGAAUUCAGUGGCACCCAACCAAUCUACUGAAGUCGUUCUGAGCUUCAGAAAAAAGGACACAUGUAAAGUGGCAAAACAUCGUCGUAGACAGCCUGUACAACAAUUGAACUUCCAUCAUGAAGCUCUAUGUAGGUAUGUUUGGAGGGCUAUUACAUUUGCCCCGCCCUCUUUCCUGGUACGUGACAAGACAAGCUGGUCUUUUUGGCGGGCAGCUGGCAUUGGAUUUUUGUGCAUACACAUACGCGUGGCCCACAGACAUUCCUGCAGCCAUGUGUAAAUAGCAUGACAAG